AUGGCGUUGUCACGGUCGCAGCCAUCGUGGCUGUCGACGCUCUUCACUCUCACAGCUAUCCUCAUGCUGGCCACACCUUCGCACGCACUCUACUUCUACAUAUUUGGCCGCGAACCCAAAUGCUUUUAUGAGGAGCUACCGCGUGGAACAUUAGUCGUUGGCACAUACAAAGCUGAAUCCUAUGACGACAAGUCCACUACCUACAUCUCCAAUCCCAAUCUUGGUAUCACAAUCACAGUCGAAGAGACAUUUGACAAUGACCACCGUGUCGUAUCCCAACGGGGCACCGACCAGGGCCGAUUUACCUUCUCCGCCGCGGACUCUGGCCAGCACAGAAUUUGCUACACUCCUGAACAUGGAUCAAACGGUGGAUGGUUCUCUACUAGUGGGGCAGUGAAGCUCACGGUUGAUAUCACAACUGGCGAAUCAAGCAAGUUGGAAACCGAAGAUAAAGGCAAGAUGGAGGAUUUGGCGGCGCGUGUCAAGACACUCAAUGCCCGAAUGCAGGAUAUUCGCCGUGAACAAGUUUUCCAGAGAGAACGAGAAGCCUUGUUUCGUGAUCAAUCCGAAGCGACCAACUCCCGCGUCGUGCGCUGGGCACUUAUUCAACUCGCCGUACUAUCCGUAACUUGCGUCUGGCAACUGUCCCAUCUUCGAUCAUUCUUCAUUAAACAAAAGCUUACAUGA